GAAACCUUUUUUGUUAGCUUUAAUUUAGUCAAUUAUAAAAAAACCCAAACUAGUAGUACAUGUUACCACAAAUAUAUAUUUUUUAAAACAUCACAUCAAAUAAAAAAAUCGGUCAAAACAAUAAUCGGUAACACUCCCAUUCGAGCGUUUUCUUAACCACGUUGUUUACAUCGCAAAGUUAGGUUAGGUAUCGUAAAAAUGGAGCAAGAAUCCGCCCCCGAGCAAGAAUUAAAUGCCCCAAUUGAGGCUUCAAAACCCCCUGAAGACGACCCCUACGCGUACUUGGACCGCUCUGACUUCUCAUCGGAGAAAUUCAAGAUUGAAAUCAAAAACCUCCCGAAAAUUUACGGAAUAAGUGAGUUCCGGAAGUUAUUAAACAACAAGCUCAAGUUGAAUUCUACGAAAAUUAAGGCCCCCAAGAGGAACAGCCCUUACGCGUUUGUGUGUUUUCGGAGCGAUGAGGAGAGAAAUAAGGCUAUAGAAACUUUGAGUGGGUUUAAAUGGAAAGGGAAACCUCUUCAGGCAAUAAGAGCGAAGCCCUCACCUGAUCCUUUGGUGAAGAAAAGGAAAGAGAAUUCUGAAGAAGGGCCAAAUAAAAGAGUAAAAAUCGAUAAUAGGAGUCAAGAGGAGAAGCUUAAAUCGUCCACAAUCCCAUUAUGGGAUGUGCCCUAUGAGGACCAACUGAAGACUAAACAAGAAGAGGUGAAAAACAUUUUAAAGAGACUCGGGAAUGAGCUAGCACGUCAAAAUCCCGAUUUAAGGGAUUGGUUAAGUAAACAAAAAGAAAAAUUUGACGGUCUCCCGUGUGAAUUACUCAAUAUUAGAUACGCUGAUGAGUGUGAUGGGUAUAGGAACAAAUGUUCUUUUACGGUUGGUAUUGACGAAGAAACCAAAUUACCAACUGUGGGAUUUCGAAUUGGGAGUUAUGUUAAUGGGGUGACUGGUGUUGGCAACAUUGAAUCUUUGAAACACAUCCCGGAAUCAAUGAAACUCGCCGUGAAACUAUUCCAGGAUUAUGUGAGAGCUUCAGAUUUGCAAGUUUUCAAUUUUGAAGUGCACACAGGACAUUUCCGCCAAUUAACAAUCAGGACUGCCCAAAAUCAGAUCAUGUUAGUUGUGGGAAUCCACCCCCAGGAUUUAUCACAGGAAAAAUUAAGUGUGUUUAAAAAUUCACUCAUUAAUUAUUUUACAGAAGGAGCCGGAAAAGAGGCCAAAAUCACGUCUUUGUACUACCAAAAAAUCGUCAAAAAAAUUGCGGGGGAGGAUUCUGAGGGGGCAGAGCAUUUAUGGGGCGACCCCCACAUUUGUGAAACUCUCCUCGACUUAAAAUUCAAAAUAUCCCCAGAGGCGUUUUUCCAAAUAAACACCAAAGGGGCUGAAAUUUUGUACAAGUCAAUAAUAGAACUCGCGGCGCCGACUGAAGACUCCACAAUUCUUGACGUUUGUUGUGGUACAGGCACUAUAGGGUUAUGUUUCGCCAAGAACUGUAAGAAAGUCCUCGGGAUUGAAAUCGUCCCCCAGGCCAUUAUAGACGCCAAGGCCAACGCGAAAUUGAACGAAAUCGAAAACAGUGAGUUUUUCGAGGGCAAAGCCGAGGAGAUUCUGGGGUCGGUUUGUUACCGGGCUGUGGGGGAUGUUGUCGCAGUUGUGGAUCCCCCUCGUGCUGGUUUACAACAAAAGGCAGUUGUGCAAAUACGAAAAAUUAAUAAAAUUGGACAACUUGUUUACGUUUCGUGUAAUCCAGCAGCUGCUUUGAAAAAUUUUAUUGAUAUUGGACGUCCAGCGUCGAAAACCUUGCAUAAUGAGCCCCUGGUGCCUGUCAAAGCUGUCGCUGUUGACAUGUUCCCGCAUACCAGGCACUGCGAGCUUAUCAUAAGCUUUAAAAGAUUUGAUAGUGUAACAAAAUAAAAUAUUUUCUAUUGGU